AUGAAGAGAGGUCUGGAGCGUGCCGACUGGCCGGGCCGCUGCCCCGAGGAAGAAGUGCUGCCCUCGAGACGGCAGCCAUGCCUGCAGCCGGGCCGGGAGAGGGGCGACGUGGCCGAAGGCUGGAGACCUGACCUGCAGUCGUGGAAGAGGCUGCAGCUGCAGCGCCUGGCCAAGGAGUUGAGCUCUGCAUGGCCGGUGGUCAGGAGGCAGCACAGGGGCCUCGGAUGGCUGUACUUGCUGCAUCUGCUGGGCAUGGCAGGCGGCUGCACGGAGGACAGCCAGCUGGACCUGCAGGAUCCCACCCUGCGAGCAGCCACCAGGCCACAGAGGACCAGGGAGAAGUGCCGAUUGGUCUCCAGGGAAGAGACGCACAGGGAAGGGCUGAGCAGACGGCUGCCAUGGUCCAGCAAGCCCCCGAAGAAGGCUGCAGGCUCAGGGAAGCGGCCGACCACCGGCGCCGCAGGUGUGACCCGGUCUGCCCCCAGCCCCCCUAAGAAGAGAAAAGGCAGGCAAGGAUCAUCCGGGACGACCACUCGAGGUGGCCAGCCCCAAGGCCCCCGGCCAGGCAGAGCGGCAGAAGUAGACAAACUCCGUGUCCUCUCUGACAGUACCCAGCGGGGGGAGGAAAGAGAGUGGUUCCGGGACAGGAGGCGGCAGAUGGACACGGGCGAGGCCCUGGUGAUGGUCAGCCCGAAGCACAGGCAUCCGGACGCGUGGCCGGAAGACGGAGGGAAGGGUCUCCAGCGGCUGUGGCCGUCCCUCAGAAGCAGAGCCGUGUCAACGCCUCCCCCGGACAAGCUCGGGGACGUGAUGAGGUGGCAGAGGGAGGUCGCGGCUGCCUUCCAGGAGUUGUUUAACAACCAUCAGAAGCUGAGGGACCAUCUGCGGAUCCACCUUGAGCUUAGGAGCAGGGAGGGGCCGGGUCCCAGCUGUGCACGGGGCCGCAGGACCAUAGAAGAGCCAAGAAGUGAGGCCCAGUGCGAGACCACAGGAGAGAGGGCGCUGGCCAGGAAGCACAGCUACCCCGUGGAGGCCCACCACACGCCUUCCAGAACCGAGCUGAAGAGGCUGCUGGACCGGAUUGAGACCCAGAAGUACUGCCGGUUGGGUAAGUGUCUUUUUGAAGAGAAAAGCAGUGUGUCCAACACACGACCAGAGAGCCCAGACAGAGCCUCGUUUUCCAAGGCCAGUGUCUCUGUCGAGGAAAGCCUGCUCUCGGAGGCUAGACAAGAGCCCCCCAAAACAGCCAUGACGGGAGGGACCCCUCCGCAUCAGCGGCACCUCCGUGAACAAGCCAGAGGGAGAGGCUUGGUAGAGCCAAAACGCUUGUUGGCCUGGGACAUGGAGUGGAGGAGGCAGAAGCAGCCGGAACACCCCAAGAUGAACCUGGAAGCCCCCCUCAGCACUCAGCUGGAGGAAGAGAAGAGGCCACAGAGGCCAGCACAGUCGCAACCCUCAUCCCUGCAAGUCCAGGGUCAGGAGGGGUCGCAGAGACCCUCCACCAGCUCCCUCUCGGCCAUCAGCAUUCUCGACAGCAACAGGCACAGUCCGAUUCUCCAGGACCGCCGGCAGCAGAUCCUAGAGCAGAAGAAGAUGCACCAGCAGUUUCUCCAGGAAGCCAGGAAGCGCUUGCAAGAGUUUCAGACGCUAUGUUGA